GUAAAAACCACUUGAUUGCUUCACCUUCCUAGGCUCUCUCUCUAUUCUCUCUCUCUCAUAACUUGAAUUCUAAGUAUGAUUCCCUGUAGUCCCUUUAAAUCAUCAGAAGUUAUUCUUGAUUUUCUCACUCAAUCAUCAUCAUAAACUCUCGCACUUGCUCACACCUCAUUCACCAAAACUUGAAUUAUAUUCAACACAUAACAGUUGGCAGAGGUUAUUAUCAAUAACAUAUAUAGUUGUUGUGUAGAUAACAUAAUUUCUUGCAGAUUAACAUAUAAUCGAAUCGCGAAUGGGACGACACUCGUGUUGUGUAAAGCAGAAGCUAAGGAAAGGCUUGUGGUCUCCGGAAGAAGAUGAGAAACUGUUCAAUUACAUUACUAGAUUUGGUGUUGGUUGCUGGAGUUCAGUCCCUAAACUAGCUGGUUUACAAAGGUGUGGAAAGAGUUGUAGAUUAAGAUGGAUAAACUACUUAAGGCCUGAUCUCAAGAGAGGAAUGUUCUCACAACAAGAGGAAGAUCUCAUAAUUAGUCUCCAUAAAGUUCUUGGUAACAGGUGGGCUCAAAUUGCUGCACAAUUACCAGGAAGAACAGACAAUGAGAUAAAGAACUUUUGGAACUCAUCCUUGAAGAAGAAGCUAAUGAAGGAAGGAAUUGAUCCCAACACACACAAGCUAAUAAGCGAAAACGAAGUAAGAGACGAGAAGAUUUCGAAAGAAAAAGCUUCACUACUGCAAUUACCACAACUCACUGGACUUCCAUCCAUGUUGAGUACUGCCACAACAACAGAAAUGGAGCCGUCUUUUCACAUUAACAGCGCGGGUUACUACGUCGAUGGACUAACAACAGAAGCCUCAAGAGAGCACAUCAUGAGCAAACCAGUGUUUGAUCCUUUGUUCUUGUUUGAUUUGCAAGCGGGAUUGGAUCCAAUCGGCUACAAUUCGAAUCUUCCCACUCAGUACCAGCACAGCCAUUUCGAGACAAAUCCCAAUUCUGGAUUCACCUCAAUGCCUACUUUGACAAGUUUUGAUCAUGGAAACUUGGGGGACAUGGAUUUUUCUGACAACUCGAAUUCAAGAAUGAACUCUCUCUUGUUCAGUGAAGCAAAGGACAGCACGAGUAAUAGUUCCAAUAUGUUGGAAAAUGCAGCAUUCUCACCAUGGAAUGGUGAUGCCAACAAGUUGGACACUUUGUUUCAUUAUCAUCAAUUCAAUGGGGUGAAACCUGAUCAAGAUCAAUUGAUGAAGCCAAGUUCAUGGCAAGAAGUGCAGCUUCAUCAUACACAGAAUUCAGAAGAUUUCAGUAGCUAUCCGUUAACGUCAUUGUCGGAAGAUCUAAUACCUGGGGUUAACAUGGAUGUGUUCCAGCAAUUAAUAUGAACUGUAGAGUCAUUUUCGUUACCUCGCUCUAUAUACAGAUACACACAGACAAGAUAUGUUCAUAGUACAGGAAGUUCUUACUGAUGGUUUGAGGUGAGAAUUUUUUUUUCUUCUUCUUUUCACUUUAUUCUUUCUUUUAUUCCUUCUGAUAAUAAGAUAAAGAGUUUUGUAAUAUUUGUAUUUCACAUUCUGUAUUGCUUAAAGGGUGGGAACAAUGUUUUUUUUUACAGCUGUAUUAAGGAAAAUAAUUAAUCCCGUGGUCCAAAUUUUUUUUGUGGUUUCUAACUAAUUUUCCCAAUGUGUUUUUGUUCCUCUCCUAUUGUAAAGACUAUCCAUCUCUA